UUGUACAGAGAUUAGAGUUUAAUUUUAGUUACAAAAGUGAAGAAAUCUUUUCAAAGGUCUUAUAGAAUACACUUUUAUUUUCUUGAUGAAAUAGUAUCUAGGUAGUUGGUUAAUAAUCAGCUUGUUUUUGUGUUGGGACAGUUGAGAAGAAAUGAACUUUGAUCCCAGUCACUUAAACUACCUCCAUGGUGAAACUGAACUCAUUUCAUUUAAUACUUAAUGUCUCUAUGUUAGGAGAACUUCUUAGAAGAUAACAAUUAUGUUUACAUUUAGAUAUAAAAUGUCUAACUUCAUCUUUUAUGAACAAAGGCUAAGGAGGGAGAAUUUGUGAAUCUGCAUGUGAUUUUUUUUUUAAUUAAAGGCAAAAAAUGAUACUGACAGUGAAGGGCUGGACUGAGAAACAGUACCCUGUAUUACAACAGAAAUGAGGAAAAGAGGUAGUGGGCAACAGAGAACUUUGUCCUGCUCAUAGAUCCCCCAAGAAUCCCUGUCCCCUUCCCCCCAACCUCCUGCCAGAAUGUUGGGUUUCAAAGAAUGAGCAGAUUAACGGAUAUCAGGGAGUUCUGUGGCCUGGACUGAGGAUAAGGAUAAUUUGUCAGAGUUAAAGUACUGGCUGAAUCAUUAAAGACUUUCUACUUGGUAUAUGUCUCUGUGAGGAUAAAGAGAACUUAGACAAGGAGCAUUAAAGCUGUUGCUGUUUGGACAAAGGCAACAACUGAAGAUCAAGAGGGAAGCAAGAGUAUAAAGACAGCCUCAAAUUUGUAAGACCGAGUUGGGAAGCAGUCACCCAUAAGGGAGCCAGAUUAGAUCUCAAUCUCCAAGGUUCAGCAUGCCAAGGAAAGCUGCUGCUGAUGGACACAGGCCCUGCAUCAUCAACUGAUUCACUAGGGCCAUGUCAGUGGCCACCUCUAUGAGAGAUUCUGCCUCUAUACGGCCUUCUCUAUGGAAAAGCCAAGUGGCCUUGAAAAAGGGUAAGAUCAAGUUUCAGACUUGGGCUCAGCAGAAGAGGGACUUAAGGCUGGGGCCAGUGCCAGGAUCUUCAUGUAUCCGUUUGGGAAUUGUGAUACUAUUGGUGGUUUUCCUGCCAAGUAUGUACUGUGACCUGGGAUCAGUAUAUUAUACUUUCUAUGAAAUAAUUAUUCCCAAGGGGCUGAUACUUCAGGAAAGGGAUGGCCAAGAGAAAAAUACAUCCUACAUGAUAUUUAUGCAGGGCCAGAAACAGCUGAUUCACCUGAAAGUGAAGACAGACUAUUUUAUCAAGAACUUUCCAGUCUUUAGCUACCACAAUGGCACCCUGGGACAAGAAAUGCCUUCCAUCUCACAUGACUGUCACUAUGAAGGCUACAUAGAAGGACUCCCGGGUUCUUUCGUUUCUGUCAACACCUGUUCAGGCCUCAGGGGCAUCCUGAUUAAGGAGGGAAAAUCCUAUGGCAUUGAGCCCAUGGGCUCUUCAAGACGGUUUGAACAUGUGUUGUACACCAUGGCUCAUCAAGCACCAGUCUCCUGCAGUGUCACUUCCAAAGACAGCCCAGUGGGGUCCACCAGCCAACAACAAGGGAGCAGGAAGCCUGGCGGUCUACAGGAGCUGUCCUACUUGUGGUCACUCACCAAGUAUGUGGAGAUGUUUGUUGUGGUCAACAACCAGCGGUUCCGAAUGUGGGGCAGUAACGUCAAUGAGACGGUCCAGAGAGUGAUGCACAUCAUUGCCCUGGCCAACAGCUUCACUAGGGGAAUAAACACAGAGGUGGUGCUGGCUGGAAUGGAGAUUUGGACCGAGGGGGACCUCAUAGAGGUCCCAGUGGACCUGCACGUUACACUCGGGAAUUUCAACAGCUGGAGACAAGAGAAGCUCCUCCAUCGUGUGAAGCAUGAUGUUGCCCACAUGAUUGUCGGACAGCAUCCUGCACAGGGUAUGGGACAGGCAUUUCUCAAUGGUGCCUGCUCAAGUGGGUUUGCAGCAGCGGUUGAAUCCUUCCAUCAUGAAGAUGUCCUGCUGUUUGCAGCGCUCAUGGUCCAUGAGCUUGGGCACAACUUGGGUAUUCGGCACGACCACUCAGCCUGCAUUUGUAAAGACAAACCCCUCUGCCUCAUGCGUGACAAUAUCACUAAAGAAAGUGGCUUCAGCAACUGUAGCUCUGAGGACUUCUACCAGUUCCUCCAGGAACACAGAGGGGCCUGCCUAUUUAACAACCCUCAGCGGCACAAAGGCCGCUUGCGUAGGGAUUCCUACUGUGGAAAUGGUGUGGUGGAGGGUGAGGAGCAGUGUGACUGUGGUUCUGCCUGUUACACUGACCCGUGCUGUGACCAAACAUGUAGCCUGAAGGGGAGUGCAGAAUGUAGUGAUGGACUCUGCUGUUUUGGUUGCCGACUGAAGAAUAAGGGAUUCAUGUGCCGUUCUGCUUUGGGAGAGUGUGACCUCCCAGAGUAUUGUGAUGGUACCUCUGCAGAGUGCCCCACAGACACCUAUAAGCAAGAUGGGACGUCGUGCGGUAGAGUGCAUUAUUGUGUUGGGGGUCAAUGCAGGAACCCUGAUAAUCAAUGCAUGGCUAUGUAUGGGGACACUGCACGGUCAGCCCCAGAAAACUGUUACAUUUCAAUGAACAGCAAAGGGGACCGGUUUGGAAACUGUGGCCGUCCCACCUCGGCAAUGUCAAGAUAUGUUAAGUGUUUUGAUGAUAAUGUAUUUUGUGGGAAAAUUAUAUGUACAAAUAUUAGACGGGUCCCAUCCAUCAAACCCCAUCACACACUGAUCCAGAUUCCUUAUGAAGAUGACUUCUGCUGGAGCUUGGAUGUCUAUAACAUUACUGAUAUCCCUGAUGAGGGAGAUGUGCACUCUGGCACUGCUUGUGCCCCAAACAAAGUCUGCAUGAAUUACUCCUGCACUGAUCAUGCUGUGCUCAACUAUGACUGCAGACCAGCAGAAAUGUGCAAUGGGAGAGGAGUCUGUAACAAUGUAAGGCACUGCCACUGUGAGGCUGGCUAUGCACCCCCUGACUGCACGACUCCAGGAAAUGGGGGGAGUGUGGACAGUGGUUCCCCUGCUAAACCAACUGUUGAAAAUCUAAGUGAAGGUGAAGGUGGCAGUCCUGCUAAACUUAAGACUGAAUUUCAAAAUCUUGGUAUUAUAGUUUUCAUACUCCCUUCAUUUCUUUUACUAUUAUUGAUAUUAUUAAUAUGUUGCAUUAGUCUUAAUGCUGGAAUUGAGUCAGUAGAGACCCCAGGGGCCUCCACAACAUUGAGUUCAGAGCAUACCAUUUUUGAAUCAGAGAAUAUCCCAUCAGAGGAGGGCCUCCCACCAGAGGAGCCCCCACCACCAGAGGAGCCCCCGCCACCAGAGGAGCCACCACCACCGGCGGAGCCUCCCCCACCUGAGGCGCCUCCCCCACCUGAGGAGCCUCCCCCACCGGCGGAGCCUCCCCCACCUGAGGAGCCUCCGCCAGCGGCGCCUCCCCCACCUGAGGAGCCUCCUCCACCAGAGUCAUAAGUGAUGGUAGCAAUGGAAGCACAGAAAUAACCAAAAGUAGAAGAGUAGUUGAGGAAGAAGCCAAAGAAUAUCAAAUACCUCAAGUACUGAGUAGGAAUGGAAGGUUAGAAAGGCAAAGAGAAAGUGAGAAUUGAUGGCUCUAGUAGUGCUGAUGGGGCUGUGUAAUCUACAGAAAUACUAUGUAGGAAGAGAACUCCUGCUUUCAAUAUUUACUUUAGUAAUUUGAUUAUAUAUUCAUAUAUGAAAUCGUACAUGAAACAUUCUGUAUUUUUGCUUUUCCCCAUUUCAUGAAACUAAGUUUUUCUCAUGGAUCAUUGCUAGUUAUUUCAUUUAGGCCACUUUUUGAUCUGAAAUUUUUUUCACGGGGUACCAUCUUCCAUCUACAUUGUUUGACAUAAUGUAUUAUCUAUACCUAUAGUAAUAUUACUAUAGGUACAGAUAAUACCAUUUUCCAUCUACAUUGUUUGAAUAAUGUAUUAUCUGUACCUAUAUUACUGGAUUAUUCAAACCAGUGACAACAAUGCAUUAUUUUAGGAACAUUAUCUAUUGAGUACUUUGAUUUGCCCUAACCGUUUCUAUUCCUGAAAGAGAUAAUUUAAAAUAAAGAAAUAAGCAAAUAAAUACAAGGUUAUUUGCAGAUUAAGCAUCAUUUCAGACUCCAUGCAGCCUAGUACUUGGGGUUUCUUUAAUUUGGGCUUUCUGGAAGGGGUUAUAUCUGAUCCAGGGUGGUCUGAUCACCCUGGGUCUGGGAUAAUUGAGGUAAGUGCUGAGAUCAUAUUUGUGGUAUUUGUUUUUUCCUUAAAUUCUAUAUUGAAGUUGAUAUUUUGUCUAUUAACAACUCAUAGGAAUGUUUCUGUGUGGUACUUAUUUUCGUGUGGUAGUUAUUUGCUAAGACAGCACAAAAUAUAUGCAAUAAUAUUACCCAUCCUGGGCAAGACACUAUGCUAGAUAGACACUUUGCAUUUGUUGUCUUAAUAAAUCCUCUCAUUCACCCUAUGAGGCCUUCAUCUUGUACACGAGGAAACAGAGACCAAAAAGCUGGUACGGGGUGGGGCCUGCACCCCACCCCAGGUAUGACUGAAAGUAUGUUCUUCACUGUCUCAUGAGCUUUUGCUUCAGUAAAGAAAAAAAGAAAGUGACCAGGGAGACAUUUGACAUGUUUUUGCUUGCCCAGAACAUGGCUUCUUAUUUGGUGACACUAAUGAAACAAAAGCCACACUUUGUAGUCAUUAUCAAUGAAAGUGUCCUUUUCCUAUUCCAUUCUGACAUCAUGGCACAGCAGAUUUGUAUCUUGUUCAGCUCUGAGGGCCCCGCUCAUUGUAAGUGCUCAGUAAAUGUUGACCAAGUGAAGGAUUUAACCAGAGCCAACCAUAGGAUAGGAAAGUAACCACUUUGGAUGCCACUUGCUAGGUCUAGACAUGACACAGCCAAAACCUUGCUCAGGUGCAGUGUUGCUACAGGUUGAGUUUCAGAGAAGUUCCUUAGCAUCAGUCCCUGAUGAUCCAUAUGCUGAGUCCCUCUUUUAACUGCCCACCCUAUGUGAGCAGAUAAGAGCAAACAAAAGAAUAAGACCUGGCUUCUGCUUUUAAGAAGCUUAUGUUAAUUAUUUUGGUGUAACAAUCCUAAACAUCAGAGCAAAAUCCAAAAUCAAGCCUUCAGUUAUAUAAGUUUUCAAGUCACAAGAUCUGCUGGUAACCAAAUCUCAGAAUGUUGUAUGCCAGAGAUCAAGAUUCAUGGAAAAAAAUGCUGUUGGUCGUCACCCAAGAGCUCCAAGAACAAGGAUAGAACGGGGUAACUGAGUGCCUCCAAAUAUAAACUUGUCAUUAGAGACUUGGAAAAGGUGUGGAGGAUUUCUGCCGAGAAGCACUUCAGUGACCAGAAGGGGUAACCUUCCUGACUGUGCACAUGCGGAUGGUGAGUAUACUAAAAGAUAAUAAACAUCACGUAUUUUCAAAACUUAACAAACACAAGGGAAUCAUGAUUUAGGUACAGGGUAAUCAUUCUUAUCUAAUUUAAUGGCAUGUGUUAAGGACCAAAAGUCAGGUAGAUAUUUGGGAAUCCAUCAGUAAGACCUAUUUAGGAUUUCACAAUAUUUGACAAAAAUUUAGCAAAUAUAGAAAUUGUAUAGACUUUUUAAUUUUUCAUUGCUGUUCUUAUGACUAACCCUCAGGUGUACAAGACCAGUCUAAAAGCAGGAAACAGCUCUUUGAAUGAAGUCCUUUGAAAAAGUGACAAAAUUGGACAUAUUUAUAUAUUGCAAGGUGAAUCUUAAAAUAUGUGAAAUCCCCAAACUCCAGGGAUUGACAGUUGAAGCUCUUUAGGAUAGACUAUACCAGGGAAGUGACUGUUUUUUGUUAUUGUUAAUCCUCACCCGAGUAUAUUUUUCCAUUGAUCUUUUUUUUAAAAAUAUAUUUUAUUGAUUUUUUUACAGAGAGGACGAGAGAGGGAUAGAGAGUUAGAAACAUCGAUGAGAGAGAAACAUCAAUCAGCUGCAUCCUGCACAUCUCCCACUGGAAAUGUGCCUGCAACCAAAGUACAUGCCCUUGACCAGAAUUGAACCUGGGACCUUUCAGUCCGCAGGCCGAUGCUCUAUCCACUGAGCCAAACCAGUUAGGGCUCCAUUGAUCUUUUAGAGAGAGUGGAAGGAAGAGGGAAAGAAGAGAGAAACAUUGAUGUGAGAGAGAAACAUUGAUUGGUUGCCUCUUGCACAUUCCCCGACCAGGGCCUGGCCCCGACCAGGGGAUGAGCCUGCAACCAAGAUAUGUGCCCUCGACUGGAAACAAACUUGGGACCCUUUGGUCUGUAGGCCAAUGCUCUAUCCACUGAGCCAAAACAGCUAGGGCGAGAAGUGACCAAUUUUUAAGUGGGCAGGAGAGAAGGUAGGAUAAUUGGGUCUGGAAGUGCCAGGUUCGCAGUUCAGUGUUCUGUAUUAUGUGUAACUGCUUCUAUGCAGUGCGGACUCUUUCACCUGAUUCCUCUCCCCAUUAUGUCUGGGUGAUUCUGAGGGAUGCUAGCUUACAGGUUCCAAUAAUCUGUGUUGCUAGUCUCUCAAGUCCCAGCCAGUUGCUGCCCCAGGAGACUCUGACAGUGACUGCUUGCUGUCCUUAAUCUGCCUUCCAUGGGUGGCUACUGUCCUCUCUGUGCCUGCUCAGGCCAUGAAAACCCAGACCCUUCCCUUAUUCUCCAAAGUAUAGCUCAGUCCAGGCUCUAGAUUUUUAUCCAGAUUUGUGGAAACAAAGGACAAUUACAAAGUUGAAAAGAACAAAUUUGAUGUUACCAAUAUUGUUCCUGAAGUCCAGAAGUCAUGGCCCUCCCUGGGAGACUUGUACAGGUCCCUUUUCUUUGGAUGUCCCCACCUGACAUCUUUUCUUGUCCCUGUAGGACAUGCUUUUUAGUGUUGUUCUUAUAACUUGCAAUCAAACUCUACUCUCUUCUCUAGGGCUCAAUGGAAGGAAAAAUAAAAUAUUUACGUUAAACAGGGAUGACAUUAUCAAUGUCAGAGGGACGCUAAAGUUUUACAUUACAAAGUUGCAAAACUUUUUGAAAACGUACAUAAUUUUUUUAAAACUUCUGGUGUUUAUGAACGUAAUAUCAAAGAGAAUUUUGGUGUUUCCAUUGGGCAAAUAUGUUCACUGACAUGUUUUUUUAAAAGCAAAAGCAGACUUCUACCAAGAAUGUUUGCAAAAUGCUGAUGCUUUAAAAUUAAUACUCCCCUUGCUUCUGGACAUUAAGCUUUACAUAUUUAAAAAUGUUUUUCAUUGAUUUUUAGAGAUAAAGGAACAGAGAGAGAGAAACAUCAUUGUGAGAAUGUAACAUCGAUUGACUGCCUCCUACUAGGGAUUUAGCCCGAAACUAGCCUGGGCAUGUUCCCUGAACGGGCAUCAAACUGGCAACCUUUUGGUGCAUGGGAUGAUGCCCAACCAACUGAGCCACACCAGCCAGGGUAAGCUUUACAUUUUUAGAACUAUGGAAGAAUUUUUGAAAAAAUCCAUUACCACCUUUCAUAUUUAAUAAAAUUAUGGAAGUCUUGCAUGAGGUUAUGCUAGAAUGAAAUAAAUGAGGAUAUGAAGUUUUUGAAUCAAUUUGUGUACAACAAGGCCACAGUGGCUCUUCUUAGAAAAUAUUAAAUUAUUUAAGAAGAGAACAUCAGAGAUGGAAUCAUGGCUGAUAAAGUGUUUGCAACCUCAUGCUUGGUUCAUUUAACUGGUCUCUCUAAGGUUCUUACUUUCAAAUCAGUCUCUCUGUCUCUCCCCUUUCCAUUUCUCUCUCUCUAAAAAUCAAUAGAAAAAUCUUUUUUUUAAAAAAGUGGAAAGACAGAAUGAGAGAAAAUAUUUGCAAAUCAUAUCUGAUAGAGACCAGUACCCAGGAAAUAUUUUUAAAAAAAUAUAUUUUCUUGAUUUUUUUACAGAGAGGAAGGGAGAGGGAUAGAGAGUUAGAAACAUUGAUGAGAGAGAAACAUCCAUCAGCUGCCUCCUGCACACUCCCUACUGGGGAUGUGCCCGCUACCAAGGUACAUGCGCUUGACCAGAAUUGAACCUGGGACCCUUGAGUCCGAAGGCCGAUGCUCUAUCCACUGAACCAAACUGGUUAGGGCCUCAGGAAAUAUUAAUGAGUCUUAGAAGUAAGAAAAGGACACCCAAUUUUAUAAGGGAAAAGAUGUAAAUAGACAUUUCUACAAAGAUGAUAGUGACCAAAAAGAAUAUGAAAAGGUGUGUAACAUCGUUAAUUAUUAAGGAAUUGCAGAUCAAAACUACGAGAUAUCACUUCACAUCCACUAGAAUGGCUAUAAUUUAAAAAGUAGAAAAUAACAAAUAUCAGUGAUAGGAGGAAUUGGAAGCUGCAUUCAUUGCUGGCAGAAAUGUGAAAUUGUGUAGCUGCUUGGGAAAUUCCUUCAGAGGAUAAACAGAGUUCUCACAUGACCAAACAAUUCCACUCCUAAGUAUCUACCUAAGACAAAUGCAAACAUAUGUCCAUGCAAAAAUUUGUACUCAAAUGUCCAUAGCAGUAUUAUUCACAUUAGGCCCAAAGUAGUAACAACCAAAAUGUUCAUCAACAGAUGUAUCUAAAAGUAAAAUGUGGUAUAUCCACAUGAAAAGAACAUUAUUUGGCCAAAAGAAAGGGAAUUUUGAUGCAAUUUUCCUCAUGGCUAAUCCUUGGAAACGUUAUGCUAGGUGAAAUAAGCCAGCCACAGAAGAUUCCCACAUGUAGGAUUCCACUGCUAUGAAGUGUCUAGAAUAGACAAAAUCAUUGAGUAGAGUAGUGGUAGCCAUGAGCUGUGGGGAGGGGAAGAUGGGGAGUGACUAAUAAUAGAUACUAGUGUUUUGCUUAGGGGUGAGAAAAUGUUUUAAAAUUGAUUUUGUGACACUUGUAUAAUUUUCUAAGCACACUACAAUCUUCUGGUGUGUACACUUUCAAGGAUGAGUAUUAUGUCAAUUAUAUCCUAACAAAGGUAUGAUUAAAAAAGCAAAUAAAAUUUAAAAAUUCUGUGAUGCAUGUUUAGGAAGCAAAUUGAGAAAGAAAAGUCACAAUGUAGUUACCAUAAAAGACAGAGGCAGGAUUAUCUCUGAAGCAGGAGGACAUGUGAUUGGCAAUGGCACAUGGGUGACUUCGAGCUAAAACUAUUGAUUACUUGAUCAGAGUUGGACUUAUGUAGCUUUCUCUUCUCUCUCUCUCUUUCUCUCUCUCAUAUUCAUAAUAUAAAAUUAACCCUCUUUACUAUUUCUAAGUGUAUAGUUCAGUGGCAUUAAGUACAUUUACAUGGUUGUGUAACUAUCACCACCAUCCACUUCCAGAAUGUUUUCAUAAUCUCAAACUGAAACUGUCUUCACGAACCAGUCUUAUUACUCUUUCCCCAGCUUCUGUAACCUCUACUUCUUCACUUUCUGUUUCUACCAACUUGACUACUCAAGAAGCAUCAUAUAAAUUAAGUCAUAAUACAUGUGUCCUUUUCUUUUUUUUAAAAAAAAAAUGUAUUUUUAUGGAUUUCAGAGAGAAAGGGAGAGAGAGAGAUAGAAACAUCAAUGGUGAGAGAGAAUCAUUGUUCGGCUGCCUCCUGCACACCCCACACUGGGGAUCAAGACCACAACCUGGGAAUGUGCCCUUCACCAAAAUCGAACCCGGGACCCUUCAUUCUGCAGGCAGAUGCUCUAUCCACUGAGCAAAACCGGCUAGGACACAUGUAUCCUCUGUGCUGAAUUGUUCACUCUUAAAUAAUUUACUGAAAAUAUAUUUAUGUUUUAUUCACAUUGUGUGACUGUACUAUGAUUCAAAAUUUAAAUUUCAGAAAAGAAAAAGUAGUGGUGCAAAUUGGAACAGAAUGCAUAUAUAUAUUUCCAGUUUCAGUAUGAAACAGAGAGGAGAUACUGGAUGUCAACUGGAGAGUGAUGUGGGCUAAGAGUGAUGGUUUGAUAAAGAUAAACCUUAUAGCAUAUAAUGAGAUUAGGUCCAAUGGAUGAACAGAUGUUUCAGAUAUAAAACACAAAAGGGACAGUUGGAAUAGUUAAGUCCAUGAGAAACUGUUAAGGGAAGUAGACCCCACACACAAGCAGCAAAUUGGCCUUAGAUUGGAGUACGGACAAUUUAUCUACCAGAGUCAGAGGAAAAUUUAGAUACAGGCAACUCAAGUGGUGCCUCCAUGUGAAAGUACUUUUGAUUGCUUUUUUUUCUCUCAAUAAAAUAUGAGGCACGAAGACAUUAGGAAAGUGAACUGACCAGCAAAAUGUAGGAAGAGGGAGAUACAUUUUGAGGUCAUGAAUGUGCCAUUCAUCAGCAUAAUUGUGGGUUUUUCUAUAGACACUUUGACUCUUUCAGGACAGACAUGAAGUGAGCACAAACAAAUAACAUACAACAGAUGAUACAUUAUAGCAUCAUUACCCGAGAGUCAUUUAUUCAUUCAAUAAGUAAUUGUAGUUAAUCUCUUUUUUUAAAAAAUGUUUUUACAAAGAGAUAAGAAAGAGAUAGAAACAUCAAUGAGAGGGAAAAAUCAACAUGGAUGGGCUCAUGCACGAUGUGGGCUGGCCAUCGUGCUUGAAACCAGGGCAUGUGUCCUGAUCCCGAAUCCAAUCAGCAACUCCUGGUGCAUAGGUUGACACUCAACCAAUGAGCGACCCUGGCCUGGCUAAUUCUUCUAUUCUUAAACUUGGAUGUACUAGUAUAAGGAUGAAAACAGAAGUGGGCAUUGAACAAAUGUAGGUCAUUUUCAAACACAGGGGAGACUUUGUGAUACCUAGUCUUCAAUUGGCAUUAUCAUAGGAUACUGCUAUGUCUGGGCCAUCCAGAGAAGGGUGUGUACCUGGAGUUACCAGCCAAUGUGCCCAUGAAAAUCACACAUAAGAGAAGGCUACUCUGUUGGCCUCUCCCAACACAUUUUUCGACAGUGUUAUAAAUAGAAGUUGAGAGACUGAAUUUUGAUUAUGUUAAAAAAAAAAGUGGAGUAUUGUCCCUUGCCCCAUGAUCAUCAACCCAUUUAGG